GUGACAGCAGCUCAGCUGAGCUAUGGCGCAGGGUCUGGCGGACGUCAGCUGGAAGGUGCUGGAGCUGAGAGCCCGGUCCAAGCGCUCAGCCCUAACUCCUUAAUUUCACUGUGAUUGCCCCUAACACCUACUAACCGUUUGCUGAAUUGGUUGAGACGUCACUGGUUGGUCCCAAUGCAGUCGAGUAAAAUGGCCCAGAUUGUCGGCAAGAUUAUGCCUGUGUCGCCCGCGUUCUCCCGGUCAGGCUCCGUGUAUGAACCCCUGAAGAGCACAGACCUUCCCAGAUCAGGCAAUGAGAGCCUGUGGGACAAGUUGGAGCGUUACUAUAGAAUUGUGAAAAUCACAGUGCUGAAUUUUCAAAGCCCCACCACGGGUCUGUUCCCAACUAAUACUUUGGGUGACUGUAAAAAAGCCAAGAUCCAUGACAGCCUGUACUGCGCUGCUAGUGCCUGGGCUCUGGCAUUGGCCUACAGGCGCAUCGAUGAUGACAAAGGAAGGACACACGAGCUGGAGCAUUCUGCAAUCAAAUGCAUGCGAGGAAUACUUUACUGUUACAUGCGGCAAGCUGAUAAGGUUGAACAGUUUAAGCAGGAUCCGAGCCCGCAGAAAUGCCUGCAUUCCAUUUUCCACAUGGACACCGGGGAUGAGAUUCUAUCAUACAAAGAAUACGGCCACAUACAGAUAAAUGCCGUGUCCCUCUUCCUCUUGUAUUUGGUGGAAAUGAUAUCCUCCGGACUGCAGAUCAUUUACAAUACAGACGAGGUGUCCUUUAUCCAGAACCUGGUGUUCUGCGUGGAGCGGGCGUACAGAGUGCCAGACUUUGGGAUCUGGGAGAGAGGCAGCAAAUACAACAACGGAAGCACGGAAUUGCAUUCAAGUUCUGUCGGAUUGGCCAAAGCCGCCCUUGAAGCGAUCGACGGAUUCAACCUCUUUGGAAACCAGGGUUGCUCCUGGUCCGUCAUAUUUGUGGAUCUGGAUGCGCAUAACCGGAAUAGACAGACCCUCUGCUCCCUGCUGCCCAGAGAGUCACGCUCCCAUAACACCGACGCGGCUCUCCUGACCUGCAUCAGCUACCCGGCAUUCGCCGUAGACGAUGAUGCCUUGUUCCAUCAGGCUAUGGAUAAGAUUGUACGCAAGCUCAAAGGGAAAUACGGAUUCAAGCGCUUCCUUCGGGACGGCCAUCGGACGGCGCUAGAAGACGAGAACAGACGAUAUUACAAACCUGCGGAAAUAAAGCUUUUCGACGGGAUUGAGUGUGAGUUUCCGCUGUUCUUCAUCUACAUGAUGAUUGAUGGGGUCUUCAGAGGAAACACUGAGCAAGUGAAGGAGUUUGAGGCUCUCUUGGACCCGAUACUUUUCGUUGCAUUUGAUGGGUGUCCUGUGGUUCCUGAAUAUUACCACGUGCCAGCUGACUUUGUGGAAGCCGAGAAGCUGAACCCCAAUAGCCAGAAGAGAUUUCCCAGUAACUGCGGGCGGGAUGGCAAGCUCUUCCUGUGGGGACAGGCCCUUUACAUCAUCUCCAAGCUGCUGGUGGAAGAACUGAUCAGUCCAAAUGACAUUGACCCCUUACACCGUUACGUUCAUCGCCGGGAUCAGAGAAAUAUCAGCAUGCGAUACUCUAAUCAGGGUCCGCUGGAGAAUGACACCCUGGUACACGUGGCACUGAUGGCAGAGAGCCAGCGAUUGCAAGUCUUUCUGAACACAUACGGUAUACAGACACAGACGCCGCAACAAGUGGAGCCCAUCCAGAUAUGGCCGCAGCAGGAGCUAGUGAAGGCUUAUCUUCAUCUGGGCGUGAAUGAGAAGCUGGGCUUGUCUGGAAGACCCGACAGACCAAUCGGGUGCCUGGGGACAUCAAAGAUCUAUCGUAUCCUCGGGAAGACAGUGGUCUGUUACCCCAUUGUGUUUGACCUCAGCGACUUCUAUAUGUCUCAGGACGUCUUGUUGCUUAUUGACGACAUUCAGAACGCUCUCCAGUUCAUCAGGCAGUACUGGAAGAUGAAUGGACGCCCCCUGUUCCUGGUGCUGAUUCGGGAGAACAACAUCCGUGGAAGCCGAUUUAACCCCAUUCUAGACAUGCUUGCAUCGUUCAAGAACGGAAACGUGGCUGGUGUCAAAGUCCACGUGGACAGACUACAGACUUUAAUAUCAGGAGCGAUGGUCGAGCAGCUGGACUUCCUGAGAAUCAAUGAGACGGAAGAAAUGCCGGAGUUCAGAAGCUUCGAAGAGCUUGAAGUGCCAAAACAUUCAAAACUCAACAGACAGUCCAGUGUCCCUAUGGCCGAUAUGGAAAAGCAGCCGGAAAUCACCCUGGCGGACUGGAAGAACAGACCCACCUAUGAGAUUCUCCAGAAACUCAAUGAUUGCACCUGCCUAGCGUCCCAGGCCAUCUUACUCAGUGUCCUGCUGAAACGGGAAGGGCCCCAUUUUAUUACAAAGGAAGGUACAGUGUCCGACUUUAUGGAAAGGAUCUAUAGGAAGGCCGGCAGCAAUAAGCUCUGGUAUGUGGUCCGUUACACAGCGGCCUUCACGCAGAGGAUAGCCUCCUCUAUAGCACCACAUAUCACCACCAUGGUGGUACAUGGGAAGCAGGUGACUCUGGGAGUCUUCGGUCACGAGGAAGCCGUCAUCUCCAACCCACUUUCCCCCGGGGUGAUUAAGGAUAUCAUCUACAGCAAGUGCAGCCCGUACGAUGAGCGCGAGGCUGUUCUACAGCAAGAAUUGGUUAUACAUAUUGGAUGGAUCGUCUCCAACACCCCAGAGCUCUUCAGCGGGAUGUUAAAGAUCCGCGUAGGGUGGAUAAUUCAUGCCAUGAGAUAUGAGCUACAAAUCCGCAACGGGGAGCAGCCGGAGAAGGACAUUUACCAGCUAUCUCCCAACGAGAUCAAACAGCUUCUCCUGUGUAUUCUGCAACCGCAGCAAUCGGGAAGGUGUUGGUUGAACCGUAGACAGAUCGAUGGCUCGCUGAACCGGAAUCCAUUAGGUUUCUAUGACAGAGUGUGGCAGAUUCUGGAGAGAACGCCCAGCGGUAUCAUUGUCUCUGGCAAGUUCCUCCCUCAGCAACCCACCCUCUCUGACAUGACCAUGUAUGAAAUGAACUUCUCGCUCCUAGUGGAGGACAUGCUGCAAAACAUCGCCCAGCCCGAGUACCGGCAGAUCAUCGUGGAGCUGCUAAUGAUCGUCUCUGUGAUCCUGGAGAGAAACCCGGAGUUUGAGUUUCCAGAGAAAGUCGAUUUGGACAAACUGGUGAUAGAAGCAUUUAAUGAAUUUCAGCGAGACCAGAGCCGGAUUCAGGAAGCGGAAAAGAAGGGUAACAUGGCCGCCUUCUACAACACUCCCCCGCUGGGUAAGAGAGGCACCUGUAGCUACCUGACUAAAGCCGUCAUGAACAUGCUGCUGGAAGCUGAGGUCAAACCGAGUAACGAAGACCCCUGCAGCAUUAGCUAAGGGCGCUGAGAAACACGACAUCGCCCGUUGUACAAUAACCAGCAGCCGGCUGAGCUAAUACGCAAGACAAGAGCCUGGUCUACCUGAUGCCACGUGCAACCGUUUUAUGUCAGAUCAGUAGACAAUCUCGGCAUAAACGUAGAACUGCUCCGUCCUGACUGCGGCAACUGAGAAAAAGUGUGACCUGUCAGAGGCCGCAAAGUCGUGUUUAAUCAGUCACACGGAACGAGAUGAUCUAUUUCCAUCCGUUCCUCUGAUUUUUGUACCCACAAUAUAGUGAUAUGAUUCUGAAACGUGCUGAAAUUCACACGUUACCGAGAACAGGUAACAUCACUUCCCAUCACGGGAGUCUCACAGCCAACACAUCCCUACUUAAUACGGUUUGUUUCUAAAGCGUUUUUUAGGUGUCAGUAUAGCUUUAGGCAGCCGCAGUGGGAAUGCUAGGAAUAGGCGGAGACCGUGUUGUCUACCAAUGCGCUAUGCACAGGAAAUAAUGCACUUAUUUAGCCGAUCGUGCGGCACUAUAUAUUCACACGCUGCUUUGCUCUAUAUUAUAUGGGUGGUGAGUUUAUUGGAUGAUAUUGUGCUAAGCUGAAAUGAUCAUUUGUUUGAAAACCAGACAUGUUCUUUAGUACUUUCUUAUAGCCAGCAGGGGUCACUUAACAGCAUGGGUCUUCAACCUGUGGCCCUCCAGCUGCUGUGGAACUACACAUCCCAGCAUGCCCUGCCAGAGUUUAGCUAUUAAGGCAUGCUAAAACGGAGGCAGAGCAUGCUGGGAUGUGUAGUUCCACAGCAGCUGGGGGGCCGCAGGUUGAACACCCAUGGUUUACAGCAUGCUGCGGUUUAGUCAGUGUACAGACAGGGCGUGCUAUUCAGAGGUUCUGCACACUGGAAAAAUAAUUAAAUUGUAAAUGAAAUGCCUUUAGCCAUAUACAAGAUAGAUAGAUAGAUUUUUAUAUAUAUAUAUAUAUAUAUAUAUAUAUAUAUAUAUAUAUAUAUAUAUAUAUAUAUAUUGGAAUUACUCACUGGCCUGCACCUAAACAAGAUAAGCAGAAGGGUCUGACGUGCCCCAAGCUUGGACAGCGAUCCAUUACAUAACUCUCACUUGGUUUAACACUUGCUGUCCUAUAACCAAGCUGCUGCAGGGUUUGCUAAGUGCUUUGGCUGUGACGUCGUCCGUAUAACUGAGUGAUGCAGAUUGUUCACCAGCAACAAGAUCUCCAAACUUCUCCCUUUUAUUUAUUUUUAUUUAUUGACAAUCAGAUGAAUAAAUCUGCACGGUUUGUGAAUCGUCGUGAAGUGCAUGCAUCAAUCUCUGGGAUGCUGCUUCCAUUGUAGCUGGGGUCAGUUCCCCGGGCUCUGGGGUACAGAAGAACCUUCCCACCCCUAUUCCUCCCAUGCCUGCUCUGUGUGUGUGUGUGUGUGUGUGUGUGUGUGUGUGUGUGUGUGUGUGUGUGUGUGUGUGUGUGUGUGUGUGUUUAUAAAAGAUGUUUGGUACGGAUGCUGUAACUUGCGGCACAACUGGUUCCAUCCUCCUUAUUAUAUCCAAUAUCUUCAUUUAUGUUCUAAGAGUAUUUUCAGAGUCAAUCAUUGACCCAUGCCCCCUGCUCAUCGUUACAGCAAAUGUCUGCUACCAAACCAAUUAGCGCUUUUAUGACUUGAAAGAAUCAUUAAAUAAAGCGGCUUUAAAGAGUGA